AGGCGCGACCGAACCGGUUUUCGCUCUGCUCGCGCUCCUGCUCCGGCUCAGCCGAGACAGCAGGCAGAGAGGAAUCCAAGAUGCCAAGCUAUGACCGUUCCUGUGGAUGUAGCCGGGGCCCCAACGUGGAAGAUGGCAAGUGGUAUGGGGUCCGUUCCUAUCUGCACCUCUUCUAUGAGGACUGUGCAGGUACCGCCCUCAGCGAUGACCCCGAGGGGCCUCCUGUUCUGUGUCCCCGUCGACCCUGGCCCUCACUGUGCUGGAAGAUCAGCUUGUCCUCGGGGACCCUGCUUCUGCUACUGGGUGUGGCAGCCCUGACCACAGGCUAUGCGGUGCCCCCGAAGCUGGAGGGCAUUGGAGAGGGCGAGUUCCUGGUGCUGGAUCAGCGCGCAGCCGACUACAACCAGGCCCUAGGCACGUGCCGCCUGGCAGGCACAGCGCUCUGCGUGGCAGCCGGUGUCCUGCUGGCCAUCUGCCUGUUCUGGGCAAUGACCGGCUGGCUGAGCCAGGACAGCAAGGCAGAACCCUUGGACACGGAAGCUGACAGCCACGUGGAGGUCUUCGGGGACGAGUCGGAGCAGCAGCUGUCUCCCAUCUUCUGCGAGGCCAGUGGCCAGGCUUGGUUCUCGCCGCCCGCCAGCCCCUUUGGGAAAUCCUCUGUGCAGACCAUCCAGCCCAAGUGGGACUCCUGAGCUGCCCACAUGGCCAAAGGAGGCACCCAGCCCAGGGUCUGGGCCCUUCCUCCUCCUGCCGCACCCAGCCCUCCCAUUGUCUCCUUGACUUCUCCCUGUCAGCCGGGACCCUCCUUUUUAUGCUGCCAGAAGGCUCAACUCCAGGUCGGAAAGCCUGGAGCUCGUAUCCUCAUACCCAUUCCCAGGGGAUGGGGCCCCAACCCGUCCCAGAUGCCAAUCUUUCCCAAGUCCACUCAAAACUUCCCAGCCACCCCUCCUUCCCCAGGCCCUUCAGAGGCAGGAAGCAUCUCCCCCAACCUGUCCUUACUCUUCUCUCUCUGGGACCUUGGCCAACCCCCUACCCUUUCAACCCAUGUUCCUGCCUCUGUAUUAUAAGGGGUUUGGACCAGAUCCUUGAGUUCCAUGACUUUCCUAUUCUCCCUUGAUGUAAGUGUUUCCCCCUACAGGCAAAAAUGGGUGGGGGUGGGGUGGCAGGGUCAUUCUCCUCCCUUGACCCCCGCCCUCUGUCAGCUGCACCAGGAUGCCUCAGGACGGGUCAAAGAUGCUCAUUGGACUUCCUGUCCAGGGUGGCGCACAACCAUUUAGCCCCCAGAGUGUGUUUUCUUCAUGCACUUUGGCAUUCGAGCCCCUCCGUCCAUCCCAUCCUGGGCUGUUCCUAGCCCCAGUGCACAGACGAGGCAGCUGGGUGAGGCUGGCGGUCUGCUGACUCCUCCCAGGCCAGCUCUUUUAAAAAUAUAUAUUUUUUAAAACAUUUUACUUAUUUAUUUUUUUGAAUUUAUUUUUAGACAGAGGGGAAGGGGAAGAGAAAGAGAAGGAGAGAAAUGUCAGUGUGUGGUUGCCUCUCACACGCUCUUCACCGGGGACCUGGCCCACCACCCAGGCAUGUGCCCCCAUCGGGAAUCAACCCAGCAACCCUUUGGUUCACAGGCCCAUGCUCAAUCCACUGAGCUACACCAGCCAGGGCUUUUAAAAAUAUUUUUAAAUUUUCAUUAUUGAUUUGAGAGAGAGAGAGCGGAAAGGAAAGAGAGUCAUUGAUUUGCUGUUCUACCUAUUUAUGCACUCAUCGGUUGAUUCUUGUGUGUGCCCUGGUCAGAGACGGAACCCGUAACUGUGGCGUAUUGGGACGAGGCUGUUAGGGUCCAACCAACUGAGCUGCCCUCGCAGGGCUGGGCCAGCUCUUGUUCCACAGCUGAGGCAGGGCCCUGCACCUUCUUGGCUUUCAUGGGACUCGCAGGGGCUGGGGCCAGGCUUGGCCCAGGGAGACUAGCUGGAAGCCUGAUGAUCCAAGUGGCUCAGAAAAUACCUUGAACGUGUACUUAAAUGGUCUGUAAGAGCUAGGAGCAGCAGACCUAGGAUGGCUUUGUCUCUCCAAGCCCCCACCCAGAAACGCUCACUCACAGGUGACGCAUCGGCUUCAUUCUCUAACACUAGGGGGCGCUCCAAGAUAGCGGAAAAGAGCCAUCUAUGCCGCACCCCUAUUCCCGGGCUCUGUGUCGUCCCCAGCCUUGAGGGGUCCCUUUGGGUGGGGUGGGAGUCCCUCAGUUCUCUCCUACCAGGCAGGCCCUACUGCCCUUAUGCCCCAGGCCACCUCUCCAUUCUGCACCUCUUCCAUCCCACCUACCCAUUCAAUAAACAGCUGGGGUGGGUACUGACUUG